CCACCUCGACAAUGGCGACCAACGUUCGAUUGAUUAUCGACGUAGCGGUCGGCAAUCCUGCGAAAUACAAAACCAAGUUGAGGUAGCGAUAAGUUUUCUCCCUUGGCCUUGACCAUUCCCACGCGUGCCAAGUCAAAUUGCAAGUUGCGACUACCAAGCGACUCCAAAAAGUCAAGAUGUAUGGUCUCCUCGCCUUCGCGCUGUGUGUCCUAGGGAGCGCAGCCACUGACUUUACGUCUUCGGCUACUCCUCCGAGCAUCGUCUCACUAUGGAUACCAUAUCAGACGGUGACUGGCACGCCUCUAGCGACGAUCGCAUCUGUUAAUCCUACAGCCAACGAGACCGUAUAUGUCAUCAGCUGUCCUACGGCGGAGCCAAAAUGUGCCAUUUCACCUAGCCUGAGACUGACCGAUGGUGUCUUGACGGAGGGCAGCGCAUACGUUGAAUACACCACUGCGAAUGCCAACGGGGAGGCUGUUGUGGGUUGCCGCAUUACUGACGCCACCGCGGCUGUCUGCACCGAGCACGUGAGCGGACGUGAUGAGAUUAUGGAGAAGGUGACAACCGUACCACCAUCGAACAUCGUGUACCAGGCCGUGCAAGUUGUGACCGCAAGUGGGGCGAUGGAGACUUUGGUCGCUCUCAACGGCACCAAUGGAACCAUCUACUCCAUGCCGAGCCCGGUCGCGAGUCUCAACAAUGCAGGCGGACUGACGUGUCAAUGGGUAGCAACUGCAGCAAUUGGAGCUGGAUUGAUGAUUGUGGCAGCGCUGUGAAAUGCGAACCAAUCUGAGUCGAGCGAGGAGACUGGUGGUUGUGACCAUACGGCAG